UGAGCGGAGCCCGCGCGCGGGCGGGGGGGGCGGCCGGGGCAGCCGCCGGGGCCGGGGCCGCCGCACUAUGCGAGGCCGGGAGGAUGGCGGUGGAAGCUAUCCAUUGCAAUCUGAAUCCAAAUGGUAUUGAUCACCCUGUCCCUGCAGAAGGUAUUAAUCUGCAACUUGAAGGUGAAGGAGUUGAAUCGCCCUCCCUUAAGAACACUAGUACUCCAAAAGGACCUGAGGCAAAAGAGACACCCAAGAGACAACAAGUGGAACCAGAAAUAUCUAAGUCUGGGACUGUGAAGCUGACCAAGCCUGUGGCAUUAUGGACUCAACAGGAUGUCUGCAAAUGGCUGAAGAAACAUUGCCCUAAUCAGUAUCAAAUCUACAGUGAGUCAUUCAAACAGCAUGACAUAACUGGUCGUGCUUUGCUGAGACUUACUGACAAAAAGCUUGAACGAAUGGGCAUUGCCCAGGAAAGCCUGCGACAGCACAUUCUGCAGCAAGUCCUUCAGCUGAAGGUGAGAGAAGAAGUCCGAAACCUCCAGCUGCUUACACAAGAUCUCUACUUAAACCUGGAGCAUGGUUUUUUGAGGGUCAUAGAAAAGCAGCCAACCCUAACAGCCCAUCAAGCCCCAGCAGAGAGCUUUCCAUAAAUAUAUCCAGCCUCUAAAGCUGCUGUCCUGCCACUUGAUAUGAAAGUGAACUUUCCUUCAUAAAAAAACCCAUAAUAAAUAGCACUGCCAGAAGGUGACCAUGGAGGAUUGAAGACAAACUUGAAGUAAAAUCAGCCCACUCAAGAUGGUGCACUCUGGGAAGACCUGGUUUGCUGUGGAGUAAAAAUGUGGUGCAUAAUAUCCAGUGCUAAUUUGUUGAAAAAUGGUCAUUGACAGACCUUUAGCUGGAAAAUUACUUCCAGUUCUCAUCACUGUGCAUAACUUUUGAGUUCCCUUUAGGGGACUGUCUAUGCCCUUCACUAGAAGUCCUGUUUUAGCAUGGCAACUACUGGAUUCUUUUAUUAUGUAUGCAGAUGGCAUGAUGUUUUAGGAAAAACUUACAGCAAUUCUCCAAUCUCAGUGGAUAUGUUCACAAUAUUACACCCUGAUAGGAAUGUAAACGUCUUGUAUAUGUUAGUUUUGCAGUCUAAUGGUAUUCUGUUAAACAAUAUCAGCACUUCAUGUGUGCUUUCUGCACAGAACUAGCACAGCCCAUAUAUAUAAAAUUGUCUUUUUUAAAAAUACUGUGGAUAUGUUUCAGUAUUUGUGCUGAAACUGCAUCCAAACUGAAGUCCACUACUACCAUACUUUCACUGAUUCACAGUAGAUUGUGUAGAUAGGUUUGCACGUGGCAGAGGUGUGACUUCUUUUAUCAAGACUUCAAGAACAGCUGUCACAGAGGUAGCCAAGAACAGGGUAGGUUGAAUGAGCUGAAGGACACUGUGUCUGCUCUCCCUCUUAUCCGCCAAAUGACAAAAGGUUCUCGUUUCUACUGUGCCCGUGUGUUUUCUUGCUUUGUGAGGGAGAGGCAAGGGAGAGGACCUUUUUUAGAGAUGUGUGUGACCCUGGGUUUGGUCUGCGAUAAAACUAGAAUAAACUGGAAGAAUUCAGGUUCUUUAUGCUGGCCACCAUUUAUGUUUUGGGUAGGGCUGGGGAAUCAUAUUCCAAACCAAACUCUCUGAAGAAGGUAAAGUGUAAGACUACACUUCUAAGGAGCGAGACACUCCCUGUGGAGAGGGCAGACUUUUUCAUUAACUUUUUCCACUUUCUAUCCAAAGCAGUAUUUUGGUAGGAACUGGGAAUAAGUAAAUGGUUUCAAUAAGCCUUUCAAUAUACUGUAGCAGGCUCAAGACUGUUGCAUUCGAUCUAAACGUUGUUUUUUGUUCAGUCUCCUAAUGGCUGGCUUCAUCUGUGGCUGUAUCACAGCUGGCUGUGGUACUGCUGCUUCCAUGGGGACUCAGUGGAAUUAGUGUCUGUCCCUCACAUUAGGACCUUCUUGACACACUCUUUAUAAUGAACUGAUGCCAUCAACAUACUGAGGGGACUUGCCUAUUUGUUCCUUCUUCCUUUAAUAUCAAAGGUAGUUUUUUGUGUGUUUGAAAACCAUCACUCUCUCCAGUCUGAUACACAGGUGCUAUAGAGUUGCCUUUAGAGUAUAUGCCAAACUGUAGGUGAGAUGCCAUAAUGGUGUGGAGAUACAGCCAUGGAUAGAAAGUGCAGCUCCAUCAAGGCGAAGGGACCUAUUUUGAGGAAGCUCCUGUGUUAUCAUUCUUAAAAGCUAGUGUAAAGUUCACUGCUAGAGAAUGGAAGGUCUGCCACUGAGGGUGCCCAUACAACCAACAAGUAUGUGUCACUAGGGCUUAGAGGUUUUUUUCAGAUGAGUGUGGGCUUAGGUUUCAGCUCUGCACCCUUCCCAGAUUCAGCAUGUUGGAUGCUUCUAUGGUAUUAAAUCCAAAAGCAAAUUCUUUUUUAUUGACGACUAAGAUGUUCAGAAGAUUUCUAAUGAUUUGGGUAUUUACAUGGGUUUUCAGAUGGAGCUCCCAAGAAUUACAAAGUAAGAGUCUACAUUCUCUUUCUGAAAAUCCUCGUCCCUAAUAUGAAAUUAAUUGGUGUAAAAAUUCUCACAAAGACAUAAGGAUCUUUGCCAAUGGCAACAUUUUCACUUUUUAGAGCUUUUCAGAGGGUUACAGGUUGGAAUCUGGUACCAAGAGACCCAGCCGUGUGCGUGGCACAGGUCCACUGUAAGCUUGAGCAAACUUUACAGCUCUUUCUGCUACAGGUUUUAAAAAUGCACCCUGGCAACCAACAUCAAUUUCAUGCUGGUACAGCAAUUAAAAAAAAAACCACCUUAAGGUAUUUUAAAAAGAAGUAGAAUGCUAUACUUCUGCAGAAGGAAUUAUCUCACUACCCAGUGAAAAACUCUGGAAUAAUUUGAAUGGUAAAAGAAGAGUUGAUCAGAGAGUGUUAUCUUAAAAGGGUGUAUGAGAAGAAGUUGGGUUAGGCAGGGAGCCACUAGAAGCAUUUUUUGUAUCAAUGUUAGUUUUGAACAUCUUCCAGUAUAUGGGCAUGAAUUUAGAUGUGUGCACUUCUCCUGUUAAAACAGUUUGUUUUAAAAGCUUCCCUGGAUUUUAGCUACAGUGACCUGGAAAAACAGUGUUAUAGGCCCUGAGAAAUGUGAAAAUCAAGUCCAGACCCUCGUGUAGCCAGACUUGGUGAGAAGUCUGCUGUAGGUGCCUGUCGGACAAAUCUCCUUUGUAGCUGGUUGUAGGUCUCCAUCCUACAGCCAGCCUGUGCAUGUGGAUAACUCCAAACAUUGUUCCCCCAAACCCGUGACACUUCUUAUGUCUGUAACUGUCUGCAGGAGCCAUAAGGAAAUAACUGUGCUUUUUGGCUCUUACUGAACUAUUCAUCGUGUUUGGAUUUUUAAUCACUGUUAUUCUCCCAAAGUGGGCCAUGCUUCCUCAGGGAUAUUUAUGAAAUUGUUCUACAUCUACCGAACAGCUAUCUGGAUCCCAGCAUAUUCUUCUGAAAACUUUUUAAUAUAAAUAAACAUGUGGGAGAGAUUUUUGUUAUUAUGAAUGGGGGCAGGUACUGUGUUCUCGGAAAGGCUGUUGAGUGCAGACAAUCAAGUCUGUUGCAUUUUUUAUGCCGAACACCUUAUUAAUAGCAGACACAUCCGCUUUUGCCUGGGUCGCAGGAACAGUUCAGGGGAAAGAAUCCUUUAUCUCUAGUCAAUAAAUCAUUUAUGUUGAGAGUGCCAAAGACCAAGUCAACAUGAAAGGGAGCAAAUAAGUUAUUCCGGCAAAGGAAGUGAAUUUAAAUAUGCUCAGAGCCAUUAGUUCAGUGCAAAAGUGUAGGAGGCUUAACACUGUUUUCAUAAAACAGCAAUUAUCAGCCCUGUGAAGACAGAUAAAUUCACAAAGGCCAGUGCAACCGUUACAUUGAUGACUAGUUAUUAUCUCUGAAACAAGCCAGUGUUCUGGCUUCUCCUUGUGCAGAUCUUCCUUCUGUGCCUCUCCCUGCUGCCGCGCUCGCCUGGUUCUUUGUGUGGAGAAAGGUUGCAGCAUCAGGCAAGAUGAAGAAAUGCCAAAAGAGACUCAGCCAUCUCAAGUGCUUCAAACCGUGAGAAGUCCUGCACUAGAAACCUGAAGGAAUUGCUUGUCCCAGAAAACACACUGCAGCUGAAAGCAUCCUUUGCACUAUUUUGUUGGGUUUUUUCACCUGCAUGGCUUUCUGUGCCUGACAAGCCGCCAUUUAUUCUGUUAAGGGAAAUGCAGCCUUCCAGAAGGGGAGCUUGGAAAAGCUCCAUGAGCUCUUUGGUUUUGCCCACCCAGCUGCGUGGCGAUGCUCUACUGGUGGGCUCAUCCCUCCCUCUCUGUUCCUGAGGGGAAGUGUUGUCACUCGACAGCAGCUGCAGCAUUGCUGAGGAAAUCAAGCCAUUAAAAAUUACAAAACGCUGUGUUUGUUUUGCCCUGAAUUUUCAGGAGACCCCUGGCAGACCUACACUGGCACUACUCCAUCAAAAUCACCUGAGAAGUGUUUGCAUUAGCCAGCCAUGGAGCCAGGCCUGGGGUGCUUUUUUGUUAUCACUAAAACUAACCUCCCUCCAUCCUCCAGAAAGCCACAAGAUCUCAAUAUUCAAAAUUGUCUCAGGCAAGCAAAGUAAAAUCCUGCAUCUUUCACAUCAGUUCCCUUUUAACAAUUAACAUCUCUGCCAUCAGAGUCUCCUUGAACAGCCCCACUGCAGAACUGUACUGCAGUUGACCCUGGUAUAUAUAGACUGUGGUCAAUAAGAUUUUAAUUUAAAAGAAAAGGUCCUCUGGUAUGAUUAAAAUUGAUGGGCAGAGGGGGAAAGUACUACCAGCAUUAUCUGCAACUUCCUAUAGUAAAAUCCAGGAGAAUUACCCGCAAUGCAAAAAAGCCUGACCAACAUAAGGUAUGGGUGAUUAGGCAAGCUUAUGAGGAUAAAUCAGCAGGUAAGAAAAGUAGGUGUUGGAUGAGGGAAGCUAAAAAAAUGGGAAGUCAGUGGCCAGUAGGUUAGGGCUCGUUAGACCAAAGGCUUUACAUAUAUCUUAAUAAAUACCAUCAUAGCAAAGCAAAAUCUGAUGUUAGGCAGGCACAGCACAGUGAUUACUCACGGUACAUGCAAAAAACAACAAAUACUCUUCUUUGGUAUUUGAAGGCAGUAGAAGAAAGGAGUCAGAUUGCACACUAAAAUGUAAUUCCUCCCACUUCAUUAGUAAUUACGGGUAGUAUUCAGCAUCAUUUUUAAAUUGGUAAAACCAUUAACUGAAUCUGGAAGUGAUGGAAAACUUGCCUAGGACUCCUCAGAACUGGAAAACAUAAAGCAAGCUUCAACUGACACCAAAACCCCAAUAAUUCAAGAGAAUGAGUGAUUUGAUCCAGAAAACAAAAGAGUCAUUAGUUUCCUAUCAGUCUUAGGUAAAAUCAUGGAAAGGUUGAUACAGCACAAUCAUGACAGCAGUUAAAAAUUUAUAAAACCCUCCAGGUUUUUUUUUUGUUUUUUUUUUAAUGGAAAUGUAUCAUGCCAAAUAAACUCACUAUCAUUUGUUGUGAUAUUAAAGGCUUGUUGAUAAAAGAAACUGCUGGCAUACUAUACUUAGCCUCCUAUAGAUCAUUUGAUUGUGAUAAAGCACAAAAUAACACAAAAUCAAUGUUGCCCAUAUUAAGUGGAUUAAAACUGAUUACAGGCUAGAUCACAAAAAAUAGCUGUAAAUAUGAAAUUAGCAUCAGUGAGAGUAUUUCUAACGAGUUCCGCCCAAGGUAUGGUCUGUUUUCAGUAUUAAUUCCAGGGAAAGAGAAAAUUAUUGUUGGCAACAGCCAGUGGCAACAAAAACAGGUGAAUAAUUCACAUGGUGAAUAAUGUUAUGGAGCAGGUCAGUGGGAGAGAGAAACCUGGAGGACAGCAAGGUCAGAAAUGCAGGAGAAAUGGCAGCAAGUCCGACGUAGAGUAUGUCUGGAAUAAUAUAGUGGCUGUAAAGUGAGAUAAAUAAUCCAUUCAACAUCAGCCCCAGAGAUGCUCUUGCCAGCUGGGAUGUGGGACCUGGCAGCAGUGAUGCUGUUCCAGUUUGUUGGGUUACUGCCCAUCUUUCAAAAGCGGUAUCGACAACUUGGAAAGAUUAUUUUCAAUAGCUCCCAGUGUCAUUCAAGGGCAGGAAAACAGGUCUUAUUAUGGUGUCAGACUAAUGAAGCUCAAGCUAUUAAUUUAUCAGAGGCAAUCUGAAGAGGUGACUCCUUCUCCGUCUGCAAGUACGAUUUUUUACCUGGGCAGUGAAUUGCUGUCUGAAGGCAGGUAGCUCUUUUAUUUAGAAGAAAAGGGAAUUAUGUGCUCUACUGGUUGGAUACUGAUUUCAGGCUGGAAAUUAAGUGCAAAUGCUCAACAGGGAGGAUAAUUACCCACAGAGACAACUUACUUCGUUACCUGGCAUGUUCUCCGUCACAUAAAGUCUUUAGAUGUAUGCAGAGUAUUUUUCUAAGUCAAUAAGCUCUACCUCAAACUGAAAUCCAGGCUCAAUGCAGCAGUUCAGUUACUGAAUGAGGUUAUUAGGUGUGUGUUAUGCAAGACUAGAUCAUCAGAUGUAGACUUCUAAAUUAAAAAUAUCGUAAAGUUUCCGAUAUUACAGGAAGGCAGGGCAACCUGUAUCCAUUUUGUUCACAGAAAAUGUUAUUAAUUUAAACAUCUUACAUGAACAGAGCUGUGCUUGCCAGCGUUUGUUCUGAGCAUUGGAAGGUUUGCUUACAUGUGUGGGUCCUUCUGCACAUGAUUAAAGGAAGAAAACCAGACAAGAAGGGACAAUGCAAACCCGUGAACACAUAGAGAAGGUCUGUUGCCUUGCAUUAAUAACAGCCUGAGACAAAAUGGUGCACUAAAAUGUUGGGGCCAAGUGGAAGUGUAGUCUGAGCAAGGAAUAACAGCUGUGGGCUUGCCUCUUAAUUAAGAAGGUAGCAUCUGGCUGGCAAGAAACAGAUUUUCUUGCCUUUAACAAGGGGCAGAGAAGCUGUGGUGCUGGUGGAGAAUUACAUUGUAUCUGUGCAGCUGAACAUGAGCACCAGUUUCUUGCUUUGGAGACAACAAACUGUUCUGCCGCUCUGACGAGCCCCAGUGGAGCUGGUUCAUGAAGCCCUAGAAGUGAAAUGACUUUAGUGGGUCUACCCAGAGAAAUGAGGGCUGCUCCAGGCACUGGGGUUUUGGGCCCUGUUGGCUGGUUUGAGUGUUGAACCUUAGGAGCAAGCAAAGGAGCUCUGGGCAUCUAGCUCAGGUUUCACAAAGCUGCUGUCAGUGGGUGCAGGGCAAGUGCCAACUGGCAGAGCCACCUUCUGCCAGCUCCAUCGGGGGAAGUGGGACAGCACGAGCUGGGAGGUGCAGGUUGAAAGAGUAAACAGUUCAGGCAGAAACCAUAAAAGCAGCACUUGCUGCAAAUUGGUAUUGAAUCGACAUCAGGAAGCUGGAACAAGAAGGGAGCUGGCUAUGGCCAUGGCUAAGAAGAUAAAGAUAUUUGGGGAUUCUUGCUCUAAUCCAGUGUGAAAUCCUAAGAAAAUUAGUUAGGUCUAGAUUUAUUGUUUAAAGAACAUUGGUACAGGCUGGCUGCCUGUCAAAUUAAUUCUGCAGAGUCACUGGCUUUGGUGCAUGAUGGCUUACAAGUGUCCUCACACAGCUGAGGCACCUUGUAGCUCCAGAGGACAGCAGUGCCCAACAGGCAUGUCUGGGGUCAGGCUGGACAGAGAAGAAGCUGAUCUUGCAGAUGACUGUAUAAUAUCUGCUUCUGCCAUAAAAGUAGGAUUGCCAGCAUUAUUAUAACACAGCAGGCUUAGUCUGAGAAUGAGAUGAAAAGCUUCUUUCUUAUUUUGAUUCCAAAUAUACCUAAAUACUUUUUCAGAAAAAAAAAAGAAUGUCCAGUGUAGCUGCUGUUACAUCUCUAACCAUGUUUCUUCUAUUAAGCACUUGCCUUGAGUUCAUCUAUUUAAUAUCAUAAGUCGCCAAAUUAAAUAGCAACACACAAGGGUUUUUUAAAGCAGGGAGAUCAAUAUUGCAGCAAAACUGCAUAUAAGCAAUAAGAAGCUGUGCAGAGGGGAAAAAAAAAACAAACAAAAAACAACACAAUCUGUCCCAUUGGAUGCUUAGGGGACUUGUUUUGUUGGUUAGUUUUGUUUGUUGAGAACACAGUUUUACAUCUAGACAGAGGUUUUCCUACUGAGCCAGGCCCUGGCCUAAAGACUAGGCUGGAGAAAUUAUUGUAUGUUCUUACCCCUUCAUCUGCCUCCCUUGUACACAUGAGGCUUUUUUUCUGCUUUUCUUCUGAGAAAGUUAGAAGAGAUUAAGUGGCAGUAGAGAAAGCACAGAGGGACAUGAGGUUCCAGCCUAUGCAAAACAUCUAUGAGACCCAGAGCUCAGCCUUCUCCCCAGUCACUGACAGAGAGGAGGAACAGGGCUGUGCUGGGAUAACCCACUAGUGCAGCCCCACUGUCCUGUGCUGUGCCGAGCGCUGGAGACACACUACCUUGCAGAAUCAGACACAACGUUUCAGGGCAUCAGCUGGGUUUCUGCUGCCUACUGGGCUUUCCCUAGGAUACAGCCAAGCUGCAGGGGCAGGACUCUGGCCACGGGAAUGGGCAGUGUUUCCCCAGAGAGGCUGCUAUGAGGAGAAGACUCGCUUGCUUUGCACUACACUGCUGGGCUGCUUGGCAAGAGGAAGAGGCACAUUUUUACAUUUGUCACAGUUACUGCAAAUCUGAAGGUGGCAGGGACAUGCUUUGGGAUGUGCUGGGCUUUGCUUUCAGUUCCUCUUAUGGACUGUAGCUACAUGCACCUGCCUCACAACUAUGGUUUCUUUUCCUCAAGUGGGGAAGAGCCGGACACCACGCCUGGCUGGCUCUGCACAGCGUAAACCUGCUAAGGGGCCUCUCAGUUUGGGCUCCUCUGUUUUGGGGAGCUAAAUUUAAAGUUGAUGGAACCUGACUUUGGGGAGAACAGGUAACUGGAAUGACAGCUGUGCCUGAGUUGUCUCCAAAGUUUGCCCCCAAAUUGGUGGCCCAUGUUGAUAAUCAGAUGCCAGGCUGUGCAGGCGUGUUGGCAGGGGCAGCUGAUGGUGAACACAAGCUGCAGGGAGCAAGAGGGAGGCUGGGAUCAUGAUCCUGGGAGGUCUGGUGGCCUCUUUUAGGAGAACUGGAUGCAGAAAGGCUGUGUGGCUAAAAUAGCCUCCUGAAGCUGGCAAGUUGUGUCUGGUCCAGCUGCCUUUGGAGUCAAUUCUGCUUUACACUUCCUAAGGAAAUACCGUAAGUCAGUGAUCUCCUUUUAAUGUUAACUUGGUUGAAAAUCUAGGAAGAUGCCUGCACUCUAAUGGUCAAAAAGCAAGGCACUGUUAUUCCCAGUGCAUCUGUGGCUGAACUUUUUUAAGAAGGAGCCAAAUGAGGUGACAUAAGACAGAAGUGUGCCUUUUUGUUUGAUGUACACUGCAUUUCCCCAGGCAGCCAAGGUGAUCAUCUGUGCAGCAGUGCUUUUUUCCCCAAACAAAUUAUAAUGCAGUCUAAUUUUUAGUAAACAAAGUGGCCACCACUGUUAAUUCCACCCUACAGUUUUUAUAUUUCCUCUUCAAUUUCUUCUGUUUUCAAAAAUCAACAAAAAAUAAAACCCAGGUGGGAGGGAGGAAAUCUUUUAAGUGAUGAAAUCAAAAUCAAUAUCAAUUUUUUGGGCAUGAUCUCUGGAAGCUUUGGGUAUCUGCUUUAUCAUUUUGUAUAUUUGACAAUUUUGUACUCUGCAUUGUUUGACUUCAUUUGUGCAUGGCGAUGUAUUAAAACAUGGAAUUUUUAUUAUUCAGUAAAA